UCGGGGAACCAUGUCUCCGAGGGCUCUGGCGUCGACACCCGACCGGGCGCCCACCGCCACCCCACGCGCCUAAAAGAAGAGGGAAUGGAACCCGGCGCCAAACCGGGGGAGGAGUCGAACAGCACCGCUCGCUCCUCCCAUCCUCGGAACUCCCUAGAGAAUAGCCAUCGCAUCUCGAGAAACCCCCCGCCUCUCUUCCCCUCUUUGGACCUCCCGCGCAGAUCUGAUCGCGUUCCCUGGGCUUCGAUUCCUGAUUUUGCCCCGAUUUCGAGCGAAAAGAUUCAUUAUUUUUAUCUAGUUCUCGUAGAUUUGGAUUUCUUUUCCUUCGGUUUUGGUUUGGAUCUGCAGCCCUAGUUUGAGGGCCAGAGCCAUGGAUCAGCUUAUCGUGAGUUCUAGAUGUAGAAUGCCUCGGCUUGCUCUCCUCCUCCUCCUUGUCUCCAUCUCUGCCUCUGGAUUCUUUGUUUUGGCUCAUGGAUUGGAGAUGGAGAAGGGGGGUGAGAACACGUCAACCGACACGAUCAGGUCCUUGGAUCGCCGGACAAAAAUGUUUCUGCACUCAUUUAGGAAGGAUGUCACGAGUGAGGAAGGUGUUAUUUCAUUGGAGGAAACAGGAUUGGGGCUUCUUGAUGCCUUCUUUGCCAGCUUGUCUAUGAUCAUUGUCAGUGAGAUUGGAGAUGAGACAUUCAUAAUUGCUGCUCUCAUGGCAAUGCGCCAUCCGAAAACAAUUGUUCUGUCCGGUGCACUUACUGCCCUUAUUGUGAUGACAGUGCUAUCAACGGGGCUGGGUAGAAUCGUUCCCAACUUGAUAUCAAGAAAGCACACAAAUAGUGCAGCUACAGUGCUUUAUGCAUUCUUUGGGUUACGUUUGCUAUAUAUUGCUUGGAGAUCAGAUUCAAAAGCAUCACAGAAAAAGGAAAUGGAAGAAGUUGAAGAAAAGCUUGAGGGAGGACAAGGGAAAACAACAUUUCGCCGAUUCUUUUCAAGAUUCUGUACACCUAUUUUCUUGGAGUCAUUUAUUUUGACCUUCUUAGCUGAGUGGGGCGACCGUAGCCAGAUAGCGACUAUUGCACUGGCAACCCACAAGAAUGCAAUUGGUGUUGCCGUGGGAGCAACAAUAGGACACGCUUUAUGUACAUCGCUUGCAGUAGUUGGAGGGAGCAUGCUGGCAUCUAAGAUCUCACAAGGCACGGUUGCAACUAUUGGUGGCUUUCUUUUCCUUGGGUUUUCCUUGUCAUCAUACUUCUAUCCGCCAUUGUGAUUGUAGAUUUUAUUCUAAUGCAUUUGGAGCUGCUCGUUCCAACUCAUCUCGAUUUUUGUUGUUGUUUAGUGGUCGUCCAUUCUUAAGAUAAGCAAAUCAGGCCAGUUCGGCUUGUUCAGUCAGUUGUUUGUGCUGUAUGAUGUAUAAUAGCUAAAUAUAUUCUCAAAAAAAUUUCUCAAAGUAGCAGCUAAAUCCAAUUUUCUAUUUGAUUUUUUUUUA